AUGUCUCUCACAAACGCAACCCCAGCAGAAGCUGCGAGCGGGGCUAAAACUGCUUCUCACGUUCUAGCUACACUUCCAACAGCCUCUAGAAAUGCAGCUCUGACGGCUAUUCAUGAUGCACUUCUACAAAAUAAAGCAGAUAUUCUAGCAGCCAAUGCCCGAGAUCUCGAAUUGGCUCGAAAAGAAGCCAAAAGUGGUCGUUUAAGCUUAAGUAUAGUCUCGAGAUUGGAUUUGGGAAAGAAGGGAAAAUAUGAGGAUAUGUUGAAGGGAAUUCUGGAUGUCAGAGAUCUUGACGACCCUGUUGGAAAAGUUACAUUGCGAACACGACUUGAUGAUGGUCUAGAUCUCGAGCGAGUGUCGUGCCCUAUUGGAGUCCUUCUGAUUAUCUUCGAGGCACGUCCAGAAGUCAUCGCAAAUAUUGCCUCAUUAGCAAUCAAAUCUGGAAACGCCGCCAUCUUGAAGGGUGGAAAAGAAUCUACUGAAUCUUUCAUUGCCAUCUCUACGGUAAUCUCAGCAGCUUUACAGUCGACAGAAGUUCCUGCAGCUGCGAUCCAAUUAGUUACCACCAGGGACGUAAUUCCUCAAUUAUUGGCAUUGGACCAAUAUAUUGAUCUCGUUAUCCCAAGAGGUUCGAACGAAUUGGUCAGAUAUAUCAAGGAAAAUACCAAAAUUCCAGUCAUGGGUCACGCAGAUGGCCUUUGCUCGAUAUAUCUUGAAAAAACGGCUGACCCAGCAAUGGCAACAAGGGUUAUCGUUGAUUCGAAAACUUCAUAUCCAGCCGCAUGCAAUAGCGUGGAGACUUUACUCGUUGAGCAAGCAGCUCUCGAGACAAUUCUCCCCCAAGUUGCAGAAGCGCUAUUAGAGAAGGGCGUUUGUCUACUAUGUGAUGCUUCGAGUAAAUCAGCUCUUACAUCAAGACUUCCUUCUGAUCAAGCAGUACGCCUCGAAGAUGCAGUUGAAAGUGAUUUCGACACGGAGCAUUUAUCCCUUGUUCUUGCCAUCAAAACUGUUUCUAAUCUCAACGAAGUCAUCUCACAUAUCAACAUUCAUGGUUCUCAUCACACAGAUGUGAUACUCACGUCAUCUUCUGAUCUCGCCGAGCGAUUUAUGGCUGGCGUUGACUCAGCAGGAGUUUUCUGGAAUACCUCCAGUCGCAUGGCUGAUGGUAUGCGCUUUGGCUUCGGUACCGAAGUAGGAAUAUCAACAAACAAGAUCCAUGCACGGGGACCAGUCGGUUUGGAAGGUCUUAUGAUCUACAAAUAUAAAAUUCGCGGCAAUGGUCAAAUGUCCGUUGAGUAUGGUGAGGGAGAGGGUCAAAAAAGGUUUAAGCAUGAAAAUCUCUCGAUAUAG